GUAAGCAUCAUCAACAAUACUAACGGCAACUGAAUGCUUUUUCAAAGAAUCUCCUAAGCGAGGAAUCUAUAGAGUAUCAGCAGAGUAUCGCUGUUCUGAGAAUGGUAGGCGCCUGUCAGAUCACUGCGCACUUGGGCGAUUCCCCCUUCGUCGAGUUCGGAAGCCAUUUCCAUUUCGUCUGAGAUCUGGUCGCGGCAUAUGGUAUCGGCGCUUCAAAUGACUUUCAACGCAAAUGUCUGUCAUAUAUUUCCGUCAUGCUGUGUGUUUCCGAUGGGUGGGUGGCUUCUAGGAAGCAGCAUUUGCAUCUGAUAUUGGGUUGCGCGCGGUAGGAUUGAGCAGUGCACUGCUCCAAAGACGGCCUCGUUUUCUCAGCAUAACUCGCCAAAUCCCUUUUCCGGACACUUAUCGUGAUAGAUCCAACAGAGGCACAAAGAUGUUCCGCAUCUCCUACUUCCAAUGAGCAUCCUUCAACUUGCGAACUCUUUCCUCUGGAAGCAAUUGCUUUGUUUCGAUCCGAGAACAGCAGACAUUCCAGUUCCCAGCCUCUCCUGCCUUUCUCCUCUCCGUGAGAAUCAUUCAGAGCGUUUUGUUUUUUCUAACGCCUCAAGUGAAUCGAUUGUCCGCAAGACCUUUCUCUCCCUAGUUGAAACUCGCUUGCUUUGCAUCCUUAGCUCUUCCUGGAUCAAAGGGACAGGCGCUUCGGAACAGCUAGUACUCCAUCAGUUGUCUAUAAAGGCUGGACCUCGCUGCGGAUCAACUGAACUUCCUCUUCGCCCACUCACAACAUUCGAUCUCAGUCAAUCGUUAGUCAGUAAGUUCGAACCAUCGUCAACACCAGUCGAUUCAGCCUUGCUAACGCCCCCGGCAGAUCGAUUCCAUCCCAAUCAACCAAAACAACUUUCAAGCCCAACAUCAGCCAAGAUGACUUUCCAGACCUACUCCGCUCCCGUCAACAAUAUUGACGGCCGCCCUUACGGAUGCACCGUCAUGAAGACCGGGUCCGAUUCCGCUCCCGUCAACAAUAUUGACGGCCGCCCCUAUGGAUGCACCGUCAUGAAGACCGGGACCGACUCCGCUCCCGUCAACAAUAUUGACGGCCACCCCUACGGGUGCACCAUCAUGUAAAGACCUCGAGUCCGACAGCGAAAGAGGUGUUGUAGAGAACAUAUGAAUCAGCCGCAUCUACCACCCUCCUUCGGCUCUUGACAUUUUCUUCUCGGCCACAUUCAUGGCUA